AUGUCAUAACCCCACCUUAAAUUAUACGGAAAUAUACUUUGUCCUUAUGUACAAAGAGUGAGAUUUGCUUUGGAAGCCUUGAAACUUUAAUACGAUUAUGUAGAAAUAGAUUUGUUAGCUAAAAAGCAUUUAUAAGAAGAAUAUCUUGCUAUUAAUCCCUUGGGAUGUGUCCCAACAAUUAACAUUAAUAACUCAAAUGUUUAUGAAAGUCUUGUCUUGCUAGAGUUCCUCGAAGAGUAAUUUGGAAAUGUUUUCCCAAAAGAUACUAUAAAAAGAGCUCAGCAGAGAAUAUGGGCAAACUAUUAUGAUUAAAAUGUGAUUGGAAAUAUUUGGGAUGUAUUCUAAGUCUACAAGAGCAAGGACGAAGAGGGCUUAAAAAAGUUGGCCAAUAAACUUGCAGAAGAAAUCAGGUACUGGGUUAAGCAAACUAAAUUAUCAGAAAGAGUAAAGGCUAACCCUAAAACUUUCUAUGAAGGUGAAUAACUUACCUAUGUUGACUUUGCUGUCGUUCCUCAUACAAGAUACUUAGAAGAUAUUGUUCGUGUCACAUUCAACAAAUAAUUAUUUGAUUUGGUUGAAAAUGAUGAUCUAAUUAAAGAUUUUAGAACCUACAUUAACAACGUAACCUCUUCUGAAGCUUAUAAUAGAAUAACCCAUAAGCUUCCAUCAUUACCAGCCCACGGAGAAAACUCCCUCCUUGAUAGCCUUAACUUUACUCCCGAAACUUAUGACUACAGUAAACUCGUAAGAGCUUAUCUUUCCAAAAGAUUUGAAUCCUGA